CAUACGUCCCAUAGUUAUAACUACGUACCUCAGACUCCUUGUACGGAGCUCACAAAACCAUGAGACUCUCCAUCUUCGUUCUCCAAGUCUCCCUCCUCUCAACAGCGCUUCUUCAUCUCCCACAACCAACCAAAGCUCUUCCUCUCUCAACAAAUGGUCGAUGGAUCGUCAACAAGUCAGGACGACGAGUGAAGCUCGCAUGCAUCAAUUGGGUGGCACAUUUGGAGCCCGUCUUGGCCGAGGGGCUUGGAAAGCAACCUUUGAAUACCAUCUCUAAGAGCAUUGCUUCGAUGGGAUUUAACUGUGUUAGGUUCACUUGGCCGCUGUUUCUUGUUACUGAUGACUCCUUGGUGUCGAUGACUGUUCGUCAGUCUUUUCAGAGUCUUGGACUUCAUGAGUCUAUUGGGGCCAUUAAUGUGAAUAAUCCUGCGAUCCUGGAUCUUCCUCUUAUUGAAGCGUAUAAGGCCGUUGUAGCAAACCUAGCUGAAAACAGUAUUAUGGUCAUAUUAGACAACCAUAUAAGCAAACCAGGAUGGUGUUGUAGUAACUCUGAUGGCAACGGCUUCUUUGGAGAUAAGUACUUUGACCCAGACGUAUGGAUUAAGGGGCUGACCCAAAUGGCAACAAUCUUCAAUGGGUCUGCUAACGUAGUUGGGAUGAGCCUAAGAAAUGAGCUUAGAGGGCCCAGGCAAAAUGUCAUUAGUUGGUACAGGUACAUGGAAAAGGGUGCAGAAGCAGUGCACUCAAUGAAUCCCAACGUUCUUGUUAUAUUAUCUGGAUUGAGCUUUGAUAAUGAUUUGAGCUACCUCUCAAAUAAGCAAGUAGAUCUAAGUUUCACCGAGAAACUGGUAUUCGAGUUUCAUUGGUAUGGGUUUUCCGAUGGGCAGGCCUGGGCUAAAGGGAACCCUAACAAAGUUUGUGGUUCAGUGAAGGCCAAUGUUAUGCGAAGGGCCGGUUUCCUAUUAGACCAAGGAUACCCAUUGUUCUUAAGUGAGUUCGGUGUUGAUCAAAGAGGAGGUAAUGUUAAUGAUAACCGAUACUUGGGGUGCAUUCUUGGGGUUGUAGCUGACUUGGACUUGGAUUGGGCACUUUGGACUUUGCAAGGGAGUUACUCCCUAAGACAAGGAGUGCUUGGUUUAGAUGAAGUGUAUGGGGUUUUAGCUUGGGAUUGGUGUAAGCCACGAAAUUCUAGCUUCUUACAAAGGAUUUCAACUCUCCAAUCUCCAUUCAGAGGUCCGGGUCUUGCAGAUGUUCCACCUUAUAUUAUACUCUUUCAUCCAUUAACUGGCUUAUGUGCAACUAGAAAAUCUUUGCUUGAAACAUUACAAUUAGGCUCCUGCGAUGAAUCGGCAGCCUGGACCUACUCAGAACAGCACACUUUGUCACUAAAGGGUACAUUAAUGUGUCUAAAAGCUGAUGGUGAAAGUGAGAACGCAAAGGUCGCGGCUAUUUGCAAUGAUACUCGUUGUAAGUGGGAUGCGAUAUCAGACUCCAAAAUGCAUAUCGCAACGAAGCUAACUGCUAGCAGUAGCAGUCUGUGUUUGGAUGUUGGCUCGGAUGGUACUACUAUUGUCACAAAUCCAUGCAAGUGCCUGAACAAAGAUAAAGCAUGUGAUCCUCAGAGCCAGUGGUUCAAAAUGGUUAAUAGUACUCGAAAUGUGGUAAACAAGGAUUCACUACGUACAGGGAUCAAAGAUGAAGGAAUGUGGGCGGCACAAUAAAACAUAUAGCUGGUGUCUAAUCAAUAAUGUCAUCUACAUUCAGUUGAUCCAUAUGCUUUAUAGCAAGCUAGCAUACAGAAAGAACAUGUGUGAUGGAGAUAGUACUAUUCAAGUAAAAUUCACUCCUUUGUUGAAAUAUGAAUUGAGACGUAGUAAGUGCAGCUAUGAAGCUUGAAGAUAUUCUAGCAACCCAUUGAAAACAAAAGGCUCUAGGUAUUGAAUUUGAACAAGAUUGUGAUCUCCUCAGUGAUA